CCACGGGAAUCUUAAGUAAGAAAGACAAGUCAUACGCGCGCAUUUAUGUAUAAAUCUACUUUGAUUGGCGUGGAUCCGUAUACAUAUUAGAGAUGGGUAGAGGUGAUUGGGAGAUACUUUGGUGAAGUCGGGUGAAGGGAUAGAACCUAGGGAGAAAAUAGAGAUGCAGUGGCGGAUCCAAGAUUUUACGAUACGGGGGGUAUUAAAUAUCUUGACAAGCAAAUAUUAUUUUUUCGUAAAUAGAAAUUUGAUGAAAACUCUUUGGAAUCAUUAUGCUAGAUGCUGGGAGCCGGUGAUCCCCCCCCCCCCGCCCCUAAUGGGAAGCUAGCGGAUUUUGCAAGAUUUGUACUGUUAAAGCUAGGUUAAGGAAAGCUCAAGUUAACGGAAACGGUCCCCCUUUCUCUUUAAAUCUGUCGGGGGGGGGGGGAUUAGCCCCCUAAUUCCCCCCUAUGUAGAGAUGGGUUGAGGGGGGUAGAAUGGAGCACAUACCCUUCAUGACACCAUGAUUGACACAAUUCACCGGCCACAGUCGAUGUCAAACAAAUGAAAUGUACUUCAGAUUAAAACGGGACUAUCGUGUAAAUUCAAUUUCGCCUGUAUUGUAGGGUUUAAGCUAGGUACUAAUUCAUUUAGUGAAAUUAUUUCAAUACAAACCUCGCUUCAUGACGGGCAGGUCUUGAGUUCGAGUCAUGCUCGUGCCAAACCGUGGGUAGUGAUUACUCCUUCAUCAAACGCUCGGCAUCACGGGUCUUUUGGAUAUGACCUUAAAAACGGAAGUAUCGUGUCGCGACAGGCGUUUACACAUUAAAAGAGUCUUCACUUCUACGGCCCAUAGGCCUACAUUUGUGGUACUUCUCAAUAUGAGUGAAACAUUCUCGAAGAGACUUAAAACAACCAAAACAAUGCAAACCUUUGAACCUUUCUCCCUUUACUAUCUUGAUUUGAUAUAAAUGCCCACAAUCUUUGAAAGAAAAUCAUUCCAAGAGUCCCAUUGUCUUUGUAGGUUAUACUUCUAUUUAUUUACAAUGUACAUGCAGCGAUCCGCAGUGAAUUUCAAAUGUAUCCCUAUAUGUCAUUAUUUCGUGUUCCAUAAUUUCUCAUCCCGACGAACAAUUCAAAUAAAAAUAAUUUUGGCCAAUCACGUAAUAUCUAGACAUUACCUCUAUUCUACCUUGGGUAAACACCGGGGAGGUUAUUUAUUUAGUUCAAUUUGAAAUUGAAAUUUUUUUUUGGAUAAAAACCAAACUAUUUUAUGACUAAAAAGCAAAUUUUCCUCAGCUGUCAUUUUGUCACCAAAAAUUUAAUUCAAUGACAAUUGUCCCAUAUUAUAUAUGUCAGUAAUAACACCAGUAUUUAAUCAUUUCAAACACUUUUUACUCUCAAAGCAGAUACAUAAAUAUGUAAUUUUGGUGAUUAAAUUAUCAUUGUCUUGCUAGACAUUAAUUCUUCCUUAUACAUGUAUAUUUCUUUACACUAAAAGUGGUUAUCUAACAUAGUUUCAUUAGGUUUCUCUUCUUGUACAUAAUAAAUGUUUUUAUUAUGCCAAUGAGAUAUUUUGAAGAAAAUGGUUGCCAUCACUUUCACAGCUAAUACCCCUUUAACCAUCCGAUUAAUAUUAAUUGUAUAUCGGUUUGAAUUAUUCUAUGGAUUGAUUUUUUGUAAAAGUAAGAAACGUGUUUUUCCCCAUCUAUCGGUGAUAUUGCAAAAUAAUAAGGUGUAACUGAAUAAAAUGUUGUAUACUGUUAUCAAAGUACAUGGUUUUUUUAUGUACACACCUUGGCAUUCCUUGUUAAGAGCAUGAAAUGGCAUCUGUGUGAAAAGCAGCAUGUUUUUCAAAACAAUUUCAUUAGUUGUAGUAUUUUUUUUUCAAUCGCAAUAUAUAAGUUUUUACUUGUAAACAUCCUGUAUAAAUGACAAAGUCUGGGUGAUUGAAAUAAAAUUUGUCCUCGAAGUUAAUGGAAACCGAAAGCUUAUGAAAACCAUUUCAAAAAAUAGAUUUCAAUAUGAGGAUUCCACAUCACAUAGCACAACCUUUUUCAUGAAUAGGGGUGGUCUCGGCGCUUAUAUUUUUUUCUCAAGCGGGAGAUCUUUGUUCUGGGUGUAUUGUUUAUUGAAAUCGUGUUUUAGCAAACAGAAAAAAGUUGAAAAUAGCUCUGUAAUGACGUGCACCGUGAAUAGAUUAAAACUAGUAAAUUAGAAAGGCACUUCUUUUUACGAAAUAUUUCAUCAUAUUUCAUUUAGAUGAAAGGUAUAAGUGAAUAUUUAUUUUCAAUCACUAUCACUGCAUUUUCUGAAGAAAAUUGUUUUGAGAAUGGGUUCGAAUUCAUAUCGGAACGAAAAUCAUGAUGUUGAAAAAUGGGAGCUAGGAAACAUGAAAACCAAAUCAAUUAAUGAAAAUUCACACAUGCAGUUCAGAAGAGAAAGGAACUUGUUCCUGAUAUCGAUUCAUUUGUAAUUUGAUACAAAGAAAUAGUUAUGUUUAAACUAUCCGUAAAUAUUUUCAAAAAGAAUCAAAGUAGUAUUUUUGCUCCAGUGAAAACAUUGUUUUUAGAAUACUAAAAGCUUAAGAUCAGCCACCAUAUAAGUCUUGUAUUGUUAGGCAAAAUAGCGUUGGUAACACACCACAGGGAGAUUAUUUUUUAGAUCCACCUAUCGCCCUACGUAGAUAGAUCACCUGAUCCGUGUAGUUUUGUUUACAUGUGUCAGUAUUUUCCCCGACUACAAAUUAUGUAUAUACACACACAACUUCAGGAAUUGAAUAUUGUAAUUCAAAUUGUAUCCUGCAAUGGUUUUUAAAAACAUUUUUUAUUUUGAUAUAGGUCACUUUUACAUAAGCAGAGGUGUUAUAUCGUUAAAAUGACCUCGGUUUCGACCUUAACCACAGCAAGAGUAUCGAACGUGUAAAUGUUAAAUGCCGAACAGUACAUGCAUGUAUGUUGUUAUACAAAUCUCGGAUAAGGAGAAAGAUACGGUAUGAACAUGUUUUAGUGAAAUGACUCGACUUGACAAGGCUAAAACAUCUGUCAAGAAUCCUGCCUGUAUGGUGUUACAUUGUAUGUUAUGAGGAUGUUUAAUUGUGGUCGCCAUUGACAAUCUGAGCAUGGAUUCCCAAAGAAGGCAUAGACGUGAAUUUCCUAAUGCAUAUCAUUUGAGUUCUCUCUGAGUGUAUAUUUAUAUACUACUUUGCGGAGACAAGGAAGUAGAAUCCGGGCGAUAAAAAGGCGCGAAUCCAGUAAGCGCUGUGUGUAACUUAAAUGACUUGAUCGACGAAGGAGGAAGUAGAAUAGCUGGGGGAUUAUGCUAUGGGUGGCCAUCGUAGACGGCAGGGCCGAUGUUUUCAACGGGAUCAUGGCAGCCCAUAUUUUCCCGUCGCUCGCCGAUGUAUUAACGGAAUCCUUGAGUGCCGACGACUUCGGACCUUUAGACCUUUCCUUAAGCAGCAUGACCGGGGCUACCGCUGACUCUCGGGGUUUGGAUGAAAGCGAUUUCUUGAAUCCUACAGCGCUCUCAGAUCCAGAAGAUUCAAAUAUUUACGAGCUGUCACAGCCACAAGAUCUUCUGGUGCAUUUUCCUAUGUGGUCAGUAUCACAGCCAGUUGGAAACGUUGAUGACUCCAGCGAACUUGGACAAGUGCAAUACGAAGUUGAGGUACCCACAGACGGUUCUCUGACGUAUCCCCACAGCCCGGGAUCAACGGGAGAUAACUCGGACUAUAGUUCUGAUUCUUCAGGCGAAUUAAAUCAUCCAGGUAAAGGAAUGAUUGCUCUCCAGAGAGUAAGCCUUGCCCACCGAGACCCUGCGCUCUCAGAAGCAGAGGUAAAAAAGGAACCCAAUUUGGGUUUACCAGAUCCGUCAAUUUUACCGUCCAAAUUCUAUGACGAUGAGGACGAUGUCAUGAGUGAAACAGACAGCGAUGGACACUCAAGCAGUUCUGAGAAAAAGAAGCGCCCCGGCAGAAAGAAGGGACAGACGUCCAGUGUGUACCAUUUGUGGGAGUUCAUUCGCGACCUUCUACACGAUGAGAGGUUCUGCCCGAAGAUUAUAAAAUGGGAAUCGGAGGUGGAAGGAAUAUUCCGAGUAGUGAAGUCAGAUGAGGUAGCCAAACAAUGGGGCAGCAAGAAAAACAAUAGAUCAAAGAUGACAUAUGAGAAACUCAGUCGCUCUCUCAGAUAUUCAAGAAAAGAGGGAUACUUUGCAGAUAUUCCAAAAGAUCGAGGGCUUCCAAAGAAAUUGUGUUUUAAAUUCGGACCAAAAGCACAUGGGUGGCGGAAAAUGUAGACCCUGGCUAAACAAAACUGAUACAGAUCUGCCCGCCUUAUAGUUAUAUGAUCUGUCCGCCUUUUGGUAAUUUCAAUGGGAAAAUCAAAGAACUGUCACGCCGUGAGUGUGACCUAUGGCAGCAAUUCAACCGUGAGAAAGCAUAUAGGUGCCGUUAAUAUGUGUGAUGUCCGACUCGUAUAAUCUCAUGUUUCACAGCUGACCUUUUGUUAUAUACAAACGUGUACAGAUGAAGUAGAUAUUUACGUACAUUUGUAUGUCUAUGAUUUGCCACCGGUGUCCGACAUCUUGCAUUCCAUUUUGGCUAGAAAUCCGAGAGACCGAGAGAGAGAGAGAGAGAGAGAGAGAGAGAGAGAUAUUUUGUAUUUUUUGUAAAUUAUAAAAUUAUAUCAAUAUAUAUAUAUGCAUAUUGUCUGAGGUGAAAGACAUUAAACUUCGAGCUUUUAAAACCUUUUUCUCUGAAUUGAAAUUCAGAUUUCAAGAAGUGUUUGUACAUGUAGAGAGACAAACGUUUUAGAGAUGUAAGAAAUUAGCUAGACACAAUACCGAUAUGUUGCAGAAAUAAUUAAAUACCUAUAGAGUUCCUUUGUGAACAGAAUGUGGUACUACAUAUUGUAUGUACUGUACAUACUGACACAAUGUACACGUAAUCUACGUGUACAAGUGAUUAGAUAAAAUAUGAAUAUGAUAUAAGUAUAUUUAGAAUCAUAGACUUUGAAAUGACUAGAUACCAAUAUAAUUUGUAUUUUUACAAAUUAUAGGUAAUUUUAUUUUUAUGUCAUAUCAAUUAUUCGUUAAUUUCACCAGUUUGAAUGUAUAAUUUCACUGUUUAAGUUGUUACCUAUUUAGUUAUGUAUAAAUUUGUCGACAGAAAACUUUAAACUUUGUAUAAAAUGCAAAUUUUGAAAUAAAAAAGAUUUUAAUGUUA